UACCCUACGAGUCUCUUGGGAGUUGGGACUCGAUAAACGAAAGGAAAUUGAAAUUUGAAAUUAGUAAAAUUAUUUUGUGUUCGUGUGGUAAACAACACCUCGCUACAAAAGAAGAAAAGAGGGGAAGGAAACGAAAAAAAAAAAAUUUCUUCUUUUUAAACGGAGGAAAGAGAGAGAAAAAAUUUCCGGCGCUAGUAGGUCCACAUUUUGCCAUUAGCCAAGGUCAAGGGGCUUAAUGAGUCAGUUUACCGAUUGCUUUGACGUUGAGUAGUCGUCAAACUUUUGCUGUCCAAAAUUUGUAGCCCCACUUCUUGCUGAAAGUUCGUUUUUUCCUAAAUUACCUAAAAAAUGGCUCGAAGGAAGAAGGGUGUAGGGUCAGUUGAAAAAGAUAUGGGUCGAUCAACGGUGAAUUAUAGGCCAGCGAAGCGUAGGCGAUCUCAACAACCCGUACGGUUCUCUAAUUAUGUGUUCAAAGUUCUCAAACAAGUUCACCCACAGUUGUCCAUGACGAAUAAAGCCAUGAAAGUAAUGGAUGAUUUCAUGCACGACAUCUAUUCACGUUUGGUUUCGGAAGCUGCUGGAUUAGUGAAGUUGACGAAAAGAUCAACCCUUUCGGCCUCUGAGUUUCAAACAGCCACGAGACUUAUUUUGCCUGGGGAAUUGGCAAAACAUGCCAUCAGUGAAGCUUCAAAAGCAGUAGCUAGCUUCUUAACCUCUCGGAAUGAUGAUGCGAAGAGAUCCCAUGCCCGUCGAGUAAUUAAUAAUCCACCCACUAUGCCAGUCACAGGAAAUAAUCAAGAGCCUGUCGAAAUCGAGAUUUUUGGGACUGUACCUCGGCCUCUUCUCAGUAAUGCUCGCCAAGUAACAGAGCAAGGUGAUGUAGAGGAAUCUAUGGAAGAAGAUGAAUUGGUGAAGAGUAUUGACCUUCAACGAGAAACGUCAUCAAAUGCACCAUUAGUGGACAGAAAUCUUCAGAUAGAAAAUACAAAUCAAAUUCAAAAUGUUCCUGAUAGUAGAACAAAACAAGUAGUGCCCAUCGAAACUGCACAACGUGACGUAACGUCUGGUUUGUCCGAAGAAAAUAUAUCUGAUGAAGAGAUUGCGGCGACAACCGAAGAGCAAUCGGGUCCUCCGACGCCGCCCACAGAAGGAGAGUCGGAUAUGUCAAUCGUUAUAUCUGAAACCUCGAAACAAACGGAGGUUGACGAUGACAAGCGACAAGACCCCCUUAAUGAUGAGAAGAUGAAGACGGCCGAGGAAGCGGAAACUGCUCCGAUGGAUGAAGAAGCAGAAACCGAGCCGAUGGACGAGGAAGCAGAAACUGGACCGAUUAACCUGCAGUCAACUAGUGGUAGAGAAGUCGAACCGAAUUCGUUGUUAAUUGUUAAUGUCGGAAGUAUUCAAGAAAGUUCAUCCUUGAUUUCAGCUGGCUCCACAAUCAGCACUCAAUUGAUGUCAAUUUCAAACACCAUUGCUUCAGCAGAUACCGGAAACGUGAGUUAUCCUGAGCCAUUCACUCAAGAACCCUUGUCUGGGAGGAAUGAGGCUGUGAUGACCGACUCUGGUAUUAGCACUGGUAGAGCUACAUCUGAAGCUUCACAGCUUACCGUUCGAUGCUCUACGAUUACCAGCACGAAAACAACAUACAUGCGCUCAGCAUUCUGAACGCAAAGAAAAGAUCUCUGAAAGCUGGUUUUCGAUGAAAAAUAUUUGCAACUAAACGCGCUCAGCGUACUCUGCGAUUCCCCUCUUAUAAUUUUGUCCAUAAUUGAUUUACGCAGACGGAGUAACUGUUGUAAUUUUUUCUUUCCCUCAAAAUUGUUGAUAUCUUUUAAAUUAUGUCUUCGAUUGAUGCAACCAGAAGUUUUGGUUAGCUUUAAUGCCUUACACGGUUUUCUCUUUGGUUAAUAGGCUGACAUUUCGGCUUAUACAGUAUACACUACUCUUGCGAAUUAAAAAUGAAUGAGAAAAAUUGUUGUUCACACA